GCCCAACGCGCUUCCCGGGGCGGUCGGACCCCCGCACGCUGCCGCUACGACUCGGUGCUCCCCUCCUGCCACGGCACCGCCCGGCCGGUUGGCUCGCCGCCGGGAGGCCCCGCCGGUGACAGACAGCCCUUUUAAGACGCCGCGGGGGGGUGGUUCGGGGAGGGCACCGGUCGGCGCUAUAAAGGGCGGGCGCACGGCGACCGCGGUGACAGCGGGGGCGCGGCACGGCGGAGGAGCCUCGCGGCGCCACCAUGGACUUCAACGUGAAGAAGCUGGCGUCGGACGCGGGGGUGUUCUUCUCCCGCGCCAUGCAGUUUACUGAAGAAAAGUUGGGCCAGGCUGAGAAGACUGAACUAGACGCCCACUUUGAAAACCUUCUGGCCAGGGCAGACUGCACAAAGAACUGGACAGAGAAGAUCUUGCGUCAGACUGAGGUUCUGCUGCAGCCAAACCCUAGUGCCAGAGUAGAAGAAUUCCUCUAUGAGAAGCUUGACCGGAAGGUGCCUUCCCGGGUCACCAACGGGGAGCUGCUGGCACAGUACAUGACAGAAGCAGCGAAUGACUUUGGGCCAGGAACACCUUAUGGAAAGACCUUGAUCAAAGUUGGAGAGACUCAAAGGCGCUUGGGUGCAGCAGAACGGGACUUCAUCCACUCUGCCUCCAUCAACUUCCUGACUCCACUGCGCAACUUCCUGGAAGGGGAUUGGCGAACCAUCUCUAAAGAGCGGAGGAUCCUACAGAACCGCCGCCUGGAUCUGGAUGCCUGCAAAGCCAGAUUGAAGAAAGCCAAAGCUGCCGAGGCAAAAGCAGCGGCUGUGCCUGACUUUCAGGAGACUAGACCUCGUAAUUACAUUCUCUCCGCCAGCGCAUCUGCGCUUUGGAGCGACGAGGUGGAAAAAGCAGAACACGAGCUGAGGCUCACGCAGACCGAGUUCGAUCGCCAGGCGGAGGUGACACGUCUCCUGCUGGAGGGCAUCAGCAGCACACAUGUGAAUCAUCUCCGCUGUCUCCACGAGUUUGUGGAGUCUCAGACCAACUACUAUGCUCAGUGUUACCAAUACAUGCUUGACCUGCAGAAGCAACUGGGCAGAUUUUCAGGCACAUUCGUAGGCAACGCAGAAUCCACAUCUCCUCCCCCAGCCGCCGCCUCUCCUCCAGCUGUUGCUGCCACGCUCCCUGCUGUGCCUACAAUUCCGGUUGUGCCCACGAUUGUUGGGGUGCCUAAUUCCGUGGCAGAGAGUGUCCUGAACCCCAAUGAAGUCAAACCUCCCGCCAGCGGGACGCGGAAGGCCCGAGUCCUCUAUGAUUACGAAGCAGCUGACAGCACCGAGCUGGCACUCCUUGCAGAUGAGAUGAUCACUGUGUACAGCCUGCCAGGCAUGGAUCCCGACUGGCUCAUCGGGGAAAGAGGGAACCAGAAAGGGAAAGUUCCUGUCACUUACUUGGAACUGUUAAGUUAAAUGUUUCCAGGAAGAAGAAUGUACAAGUAGAACACGCCCCUCAUCUCCUGGCACUUCUAACGCGGAUUUCUUCAUCCGAGACCAUUGCUCUCUUCAGGGUUGACACUCCAUUGCUAGUACGGUAAUUGUGGAAAAGUGGUAAAACUGUUACUGGAAGGUUUUGGGAAAGGGCUGGUGGCACCCGAGACCGAAUUCAUUACCUACCAGUGCAGCCUGCUUUGAGGUAUGUAAUUCAUUACCUACCAGUGCAGCCUGCUUUGAGGUAUGUAAUUCAUUACCUACCAGUGCAGCCUGCUUUGAGGUAUGUCUUGAUGGCGUGAGGUUCCUUGAUCAUUCUUCCUACCUUCCGGUUGUCUUGUUUCUCGCAGCGGCUCUCCCAGGGCCAGCGAGCUGCCUCCCUCAGCGGCUGCUCACCGAGUUUAACUUGCAUCCCCUCGUGUCUGGUGUGAGUUAGUGCCUGUCUGCCCCUCCUGUCCUCCCUCUCCUUCAGCAGAAUUGCCCACGUCAAACCAUCAAGCGUUUGGAACCCUCUGAUGUGUUCUAGCUCUUAAGGCAAGGAAGCUGAAUUUCAGAAUUAAGAGCCUGUUAAGCCCACCCACCUUGCUCACCUGUGGGAGAACAGUAAGGCAAGGCUCGAGAAGAGCCGCGCUUACUAUCAUGGUGCCUGAUGGCUUCACUCUAUUAAUAGAACCGUCCUCUGAAGCUGGAAGGGAAUUUCUUUGUGAAGAUCAGCCUAAUAAUAUAGGGUCUGUAUGUCAAAAAUCAAACCUCAGUGCAAGGGACCACGCAUCUUGCUUGCAUUUCUCUGAGAAACUGCUCUUGGACUGCAAAGUUUACAAGCCUUUUUACAAGCUUUGCUCCCUGUGUUAAUUGUCCAGGCUUUUAUUUCGGUGUGUCUGUUCCAGGCAUGGUUGAGCCUGACUUUAUUUUCACCCUAGGUGACAGAUGUACCUAACGCUUCCCCUCCCCUCCCAGCAGUGAACAGACUUGGUGCAUCCCCGUACAGUGAGGGACGGUCCCGCUUGCUGGUACCUCCAACAACGAGCCUGUUCUGAUCAAUCCAGGCUGCCCUUGGCGUACACGGUGGUUUAACUCAAAAGGGAGCGCUCAGGCCUAUAUGCUUUUUAAUCCCAUAAUGAGCUUUUUAGACAGAGCUCACCUGAAGGACUCCUGCUGCUAUAACUAGUUUUCCACUCGAGCUGGAUGGAAGAGAAGCUCACCUGCACCAAGCUCUCGGUUCACUCCUUCCCCUCGGUAUGUCACAACUAACUUUGCUUGUUUAUUGAUCUUUUGCACUUUCCCCAAUGGUAUCGUGACCACUCUAAUGUAACAGGGCACCGAGCACCUGUGGUAUGUAGGGCUCGUGGUUUUCAGCACUUAUUUGCCAAUAAAUGAACUGCCUGA